CUUAACUUAAUCAUUGUUCGUCGAUUUAAACUCAAGGUUUAGACUGCGAUAGUAAUUAUUUGUCGUUGCCUGAUGAUUGGGAGUGGACUGUUUUUAACUUUUGUAACUCUGUUAGCUUGCUUGUUAGCUAAACAAACAGAUGAUCUUCGUGGAUGCUUUUCUAUUCUAUCUGGUGUGGUAGAUGAUAUUAAUGCAGACAUCCAAAGAAUAACUGAUUUUAACAACCUGAAAGUUUUGCCUCGUAUUAAAAAUAUCUUGCAGAAAGAUUUCUUUCAUUACUUUGAGGUAAAUUUGGAACGCGGUUGCCCAUUUUUCGAAGACGAUAAACGAUGCUCGUCAUCAGCCUGUCGAGUUAAGGAUUGCCCGGCAGAAGAAAUACCUUUAGGACUACGUGAAGAUUCUUUGGGGUCGUCAGUCCACCAUAAAUAUUCAAAAGAGGCCAAUAUAUAUCCUGCAGAAGAGAUCGAUUGUGGGUUAGGGAAGCUAGAUAGCUCCUUGAGUGAAGAACGUAAAACCAUAAUUGCCAAUUGGACUCGUCAUGACAAUGAAGAUGAACUGACAUUUUGUGAACCUGAUGAUGAUAGUUCUGGCAAAAUGAUUUACGUGGAUUUACUGAAGAAUCCUGAAUGUUAUACUGGUUACAAAGGCCCUGCCUCAAAUAGAAUAUGGUAUAUGGUCUAUAAUGAAAACUGUUUCAAUGAAGAUUCGAUAACUUAUGGGACAAGCUAUCUUGGUCCAAAUAAUCAAAAAGCUUUGCCUACCAUGUGUAUUAAUGAUGGUCAAUCUUCUUGUCUUGAGAAGCGCACAUUUUACCGAAUGGUAUCUGGGCUACAUAGUAGUAUCAGUGUCCAUUUAGCUUAUCGAUAUCCGUUAAGUCUUUUUUCACGGCAUCGACCAGUAUCUCGUGAUUAUGAUGGUAACAAUCCCGGUUGGGGUCCAAAUUUAGAAGAAUUUCGUCGUCGUUUCGAUCCAUCUAUUGUACCAGAUGGUUUAACACGAUUGCGUAAUCUUUACUUCACUUAUUUGGUGGAAUUACGUGCUUUAGCUAAAGCUGCUCCAUAUUUAAUGAAACAAGCCUAUUUCACAGGAGAUGAGAAAAUGGAUAAGGAAACUAGAUCUGUUGUUACAGAUUUUCUACAAAUAAUUCAAAAUGAAGGUAGUAUUUUUGAUGAAAAUAUUUUAUUCACUGGAGAUAUUAAUGAAGCUAAUGUAUUAAAAAAACAAUUUCGUGAACAUUUUCGCAAUAUUUCACGCAUAAUGGAUUGUGUUGGCUGUGAGAAAUGUAGAUUAUGGGGGAAAUUACAAACACAAGGAAUGGGUACUGCUUUGAAAAUUUUAUUUUCUGAAAAUGUUCGAAAAGAGAAUCCUCUAGAUCAAUCAUCUACUGUUGAACCAAAUUUUCAACUAAGAAGAACUGAAAUAAUUUCAUUAUUUAAUGCAUUCGGUCGUCUGUCUACAAGUAUUGGUGCACUAGAUGAUUUUUGUGAAAUGAUUCGAAAGUCGGAAAAACAAGCACAAUAUAAAACAUCCGGAUAAAUUUGUUACUCAAUAAUUUAUUUGCUUUUCUUAAUUUCUCUCUAUACAUUCUUCUACCAUGGUACCAACGCUGCUGCUGUCAAAGAAGCUACAACUAUCAACACAUACUAAUGUUUCUUACGUGUGGUCUUUCAAAUUCAUAUUAUUCGAAUCUGUUGAAAAAAAAACACUGUAAUAUAUAACUGUUACAUCGUGUGUGUGUGUUUAUGUGCGCAUGUAUGUAUGUAUGUGCAGAUGUUGUACACAAUUUUUGUGGAAAUGACCUGCACUGUUGUGUAUUAUUGUAAAUUAUUGUGUAUAUUUUAUGUUUGUUUUUUUUUCAUUGUUGAUGAUUUUAUUUUCUUUAAUGACACAAUAAUCUAAUGAUUGAUUUCAGUAUAAUAAGUUGAUUAAUUUCAUUAUUCAUCGAAUCUUAAUCAUUUUCUAUCAUUUCUACUGAAAGCAAAUUGGACAAUUCGUAAUAAUAAUAAUAAUAAUCUGGUCAAUGCAUUAAUUGUUUCUUCUUUAACUCCCUGAUCCAUUGAUCUUUUUCUAUUAGUUUUUUCGAUCGUUACAUUGUACUAUCUUUUUGUUCAUCUCAUAUCAUAUAAAUAAUUCAUCACUUCAUUCAUAAAUACAAUUUUUUUCUUUUCCUUCCCAACCGCCCUACUCAAAUAUGUGUUGAUUGUGUUUUUUGUUUUUACUACUUUGUAACAUUCUCGCCUUCUUAAAUUGCUCAUCAUUUUCUGAAUAAAUAAAUACUAGCGACAUUGUCCAUGUAUGAAAAUCUCCAGUUUUUAUUGUACUUCU